AUUGGUGCGCUCCCUCCCCGGUUUGUAUACACUGAAGGGAUAUAUCUAAGUGGCUCAUUUUCCAUCAACACCUUGACCGGCCUAAGUCCUCUCUUGCAGCCGAACGAAUCAGUAUGGACGGUUUGAUUGACAGCUUGCUUCCAGAAGUCUGGCAAGAGGUGUCUUCCGGCGAACGUGGAGACGGAUUCGUAGAUUACUUCCUCAAUGGAAAUCCAAAACAGGUGGAUGCCAACACACUGGGUCUAGUCAUCUCCGACGAGGACGGCAACGCCCAGAGCGUCGUACUGAAAGGAACAUUGCCCAAUAAAAACCCCCUCAACAAAAUCAGUCGUGUCGAAUUGAAAGUUGGCGAAGACAAAAGUUUGGUUGGAAUCGAUUUAAAUGGAGAUUGUGUUAUUCUGAAGAGCUAAAGAAAACAAAUUGUGUGAUGAAGACAUGAUGUAUAUAUUUAUAUUAACAUUCGCAUAUACCUAAUGUUCACGCCUCAACACAUAAUACGGAUCUAUUUUACGUUUGACAUUAAUAAUAAUAAUAAUAAUACUCCCUGGUUUGCACUUUGUUAACGUAUGGCCGAAAUCUAUGUCAUCACUGACAGUCGCUGUCAGAGAUCAGCAUCAGUACCGGAACCGGAACUUGCCAAUACUUGUUAAAGUUAUCAUCGUUGUUUGACACCUGUUAAGAUCACUGUCUUGUAAAGGCCACAGCCUAACAAACUACUGGCUUUACAACAUCUGUUGGUUGUCAGGCGGUAGAAUUUAACAUUGGUCAUGUUGCACUGUUUAAAAUCCGUGGGUUAUUAUAAUGGUAUCAGUGAUAUAAAUGAUCUGGACAAACGUUUACGAUAGAAAAACGAGAAAGAAGCAAAUGUGUCUGGUCUAUUUGUUUAACAUGCCUAUGUAUGCUGUAAGUCAAUAAUCACCAAAUAAACUGUUUCAUGAACAA